AUGCGCCCUUCUACCUCCCUAUUCGGUGCCAGUCGGCUCCCAUUGACGCCUAAACGAGCCAACAAGGACUUUUACAAGGGUACCCGUCAAUCCUACGUUCCGGGCGGAGGACACAGGACCGGUCCACCAGGUAAACACGUCGUACAGGGGAAGGCAAAGUACAGGCUUCUUGACGAGAAGGUGCGGUACUUUGUUGGGCCUGGACCGGAGGUGCUCGCCAAUACAAAUCUGAAACCAUACGUCUCGACCCAAAUACCCAGAAUAUCAGACUCCAAGAUCGCCUCUUCAUCCACCACCCCACUGCCCUCAUUUUCACCCAACGCAAUCCCAUCAUCCGCGGAAUCACGAUUCUCUACGGCGGACUUUACGAAAUUCUCGAGGCGAUAUCAGCGGGCGAGUCUGGAGGAGCGGCAGGCGCUGAUACAGAACAGCAGGAGGGAGUGGUGGGAGGCUAUGAGGGGGCGAUUUGGUGGAGACGAGGCGGCGAGGGAGGAGCGGAUCACACAGAGUGUAGAGGGGAGAGUAGCGGGGUCAGCCUAG